AUGGUGAGGAUUAGAGGAGGAUCCGUGAGUGCCGAACGCACCUUCAAGUUUCUUGAUGAGGAGGAUGAAGAUGUUCAAGUUAUCGAACCAUCCAUCAAAUCACCCAAAAAGAAAAUUGAAAAUCGUGGUAGAAAAACGAGACAAUCUGCAAAGAAAAAGCAGUAUACGCAAACCAGAGAGCUAUCGGCUGAACCAUCCGAUGAGCAGAUGAAGGAGCUUCAAUCUGAAGGACAUCCAAUAAGUGGCAAUGAAGAGGAACUGGAGCAGCCUACCAAUGUAGAUGUAACCACCAUGAAAUCACUUAGGAAAGGAAAAAUGACUGCCAAAAGGAAGAGCAUUGCUCAACUCAAGGGAAGGCAAACUGCUGAUCCAUCUAGGAAACAACAGGAUGCAGAGAAAAAUACUGAGGAACAACAGACUGAUGAACCAUCUACCAGGAAGUCACCAAGGACAAGGUUUGGUGUCCAGGGUGCUGCACCAACUACACAGCGCAGUGGAAAAAGAAAGCAUCCAGAAAAUGAACAACCAGGGACCCAAACUACUGUUGAACCAACACCCCUGCCCAAGUUCAUCGAUGAUGAAGCCAGGGAGAGAUUUGAAUGGAUCUCGCAGAAAAGCUUCAUCACUCAAAGGACCAUCAUUCCCUACGAAUUCCAUGGCUUGAUGAUGACCAUGACUUCUGAUGAACAAGCCACCUUCGUUGUCAAAAGGAAUCUGCUUGUACCUCUCAUUCUUUCAGAAAAUGAAAAUGCACAUCGAAAGGAGCUUAGGACUGAGCCAACCACUGAAGCUACCCCAGAGUACCGUGCCUCCAGUUCUCAACCACAGGACAAGAGAAAAGCUCCGGCAACUGAAGAAGAGACUGAAGAGGAUGAUGAUGAUGAGAAUGAGGACAAUGAUGAAGAAGACCCUGCACAGUUUCGCCUGACUAGAAGAAGGCUUGGAUCCUCUAAGAUCACCAUAUAA